GAGCCAGACCAGAGGGCGUAGCUACAUCAAAAGGGGGUCGAAAUGGGAGGAGGAAAGAGGGCAGAAGGAGAGGAGUUUGGAGGGGAGCGGAGGUAAGGGGAGGGGGAGAGUUGUCGGUCCAUGACAUGAAUGAACCAUGUUCGGUAACGGAGGGUUAGCUCUCCCGGUUUGCUCCUUUCUCCUGCUACACCUCCCGGUUCUCCCGCUAACGAACAACUGGCCCAUUAAGGAUAGAAGUGAAGGGAGGGUGGAGCAGCGUAACAUCCAUCUACAAUCACACAGCCAUGGAAGUCUGAAUGUCAGACAGAUGAGCAACAAGGAGGAGGUGUUUCAGUGGUGGGGUGAGUGGUCCAGUUGGUCCUCUUGUUCCAGGAGCUGUGGAGGAGGAGUGAGGAGUCAGGAGAGACACUGUCUCAUACAGAGGCUGUCCACCACACAGAACAUAAACAGCUCAUAUUGUGUUGGCUCUCCUAAACAGUACCAGCUCUGUCCAAACAAGCCCUGUCCCAACCCCAGUGUUAGCUUCAAACAGCACCAGUGUUCCCAAUUUAACUCUAAAGCCUUUGGACGAAAAUACUACCAGUGGAUACCUCUUUAUCCAGCUGAUUACAUCAGCAUCUCCAAUAAGCCAUGUGACCUGCAGUGUACAACCAUCAGUGGUGAGCGACAGCUCCUAGUUCCUGCCCACGACGGUACAUUCUGCCGUGAUACUAAAUUCCAUGGAGUCUGUAUUGAGGGAAUAUGUCAGCCUGUAGGUUGUGAUGGGGAGCUGUACAGCAGUAAGACAGUGGACAGAUGUGGAGUAUGUGGAGGCAAUGGGGCAUCAUGCCAGCGCAUCUCUGGAUCAUAUAGGAAGGCACUCACACAGUUAGGCUAUGUGUUCAUCACCAACAUCCCAGCUGGAGCCACAGACAUUCAGAUCAUAGAGAGACACAAGACUGAGAACAUCCUGGCCCUGUCAGAUGAAGGUGGUCAUUUCUUCUUCAACGGGAAAACUGUCUUUGACAACCCUCAAAACUUCCAUGUGGCAGGAACAGUGUUUAAAUAUCGACGUCCAAGCAGUGUGUUCUCUGAUGGGCUGGAGUACAUCAUUGCCCAGGGACCAACACUGCAGGGCCUCAAUGUCAUGUACUACAACUUGAACGGAAAGCUACCCCAUAUCACCUACGAGUACACCAUCCCCCUUAAGUCUUAUGACAUGACUGCUGCAGAGGGCGUCACUACAAGUCCUGGCCGCUCCCAUCUCAACUUCACCUAUAAUGUGGUAAAUGAGGACGUGAGAGAGGGUCAGGUUAAUUUCACCAACCACAGCAGAGGGAGCACGACAUCUUACCAUCAUUACAACACCCAGUUGGUAGAUGAUGACCAAUCAGAUAUCCAGCUGCAGGAAGAUGAGGAGGAGGAAGUUGUGUGGGAAAUCCGAACACCCAGCCCUCCACCGCCAGCAGCCAUGUUGGUCUACAGACCGGCUGAUAUCACCAGUCAUGUGUUCAGCCUCAAUGACGUGGAAGAGCAGGGACCUCCUGCACCAUCUGGCUACCGGAGUUCCUCCAAUUCGAUUGAUGAGCCGUCCACUACUGAUGAUAACACUUUAGUGCACUCUUACCCAGGUAGUCAGAGUGUUCAGUCUGCACCCUUGCCUGAAGAGGCUCCAUAUAUGCUGCUGGAGGACCUACAGUACAACCAGACAACCAACACACACCAUCCCACACAGUCAAACACAUACUCUGCUAAACACACACUCACUGAUAGUGAUCCACAUUCACCAGCACAAACACACGUGGAAACAGUGUCCUCUGCAGACACAGAAACACACAAAGACACACAGUUGGAAAUACACUCAGAUAUGCUCACGGUUACUGACACACACUCUGUUACACACAUAGAAAUGGAACCUGGCAAACACUCAGACACACACACAGCCAUCUUGGUUCAGCUGCAACAGGUGUCUGCAGUCCAGGCAGCCAACACAGAGAGCAAUGACUUUGAUGUGGGUCUGGACCCAGAUAUUAGUCUGGCAGACAUGUAUCGCUGGAAGGUUUCUGCUUAUGCUCCAUGCAGCUCAACCUGUACAACAGGAAUCACCACUAGCUAUGCCCUGUGUGUUCGAUAUGAUGGUACUGAAGUGGAUGACAGUUACUGUGACUCUCUGACCAGGCCAGAGCCCACACAUGAGUUCUGCACUGGAAAGGAAUGUCCUCCAAGAUGGGAGACCAGUGGUUGGAGUGAGUGCUCUCGAACCUGUGGUGAGGGUGUUCAGUACCGCACUGUGCGCUGCUGGAAGAUGCUGUCACCCGGUCUCGACUCCUCUGUCUACGAUUCAUUGUGUCUGUCACAUGACCUGCACAAACCUGCUAAUAGAAAGGUCUGCCUGGGCCAGAGCUGCGGACCACAGUGGGAGGUGUCUGAGUGGUCAGAGUGUUCCGCACGUUGUGGCUCUCGGGGUGUUCGGACUCGGGAGGUUCGUUGCUCCAUGGAAAUGAGUUUAUGUAACAAGUCCUCUCAGCCAAAACAAAGUCAGGAAUGUGAGGGCCCACUCUGUGACAGAAGAUGGACAGUUUCUGACUGGGGACCUUGCUCAGGUGUGUGUGGAGAGGGAAGGAUGGUGCGUGCAGUGACAUGUCGAUCAUCAGGUGGGCUAGUGAUGUCAGAGGAGCAGUGUGAUCAAGCACUGCGCCCGCUGGCCAUCCAUCCCUGUGGUGACAGAAACUGUGCCGCCCACUGGGUCGAACAGGAAUGGCAACAGUGUAACGCUACCUGUGGCCGUGGUGUGCGGUGGCGUCAGGUGGUGUGUGCUGGGCUGGAAGAUGGUGUGUUCAAAGAGUUUCCAGAUAGUAGCUGUGACCAAAUCAACAAACCAGAGACCAGCUCCUCCUGCUUCCAGAGACCCUGCUCCAAAUGGUUCACUACAUCAUGGUCCCAGUGCAGUAAGACCUGUGGGAGUGGUGUCCAGGUUCGAGAAGUCAAGUGUUACCAGGGAGAGGAGCUGGUAACCAGGGGCCACAGCUGUGACUCUGCCCUCAAGCCAGAAGCCAGACAGAGCUGUGAAAUCCAGAGCUGUCCAACAGAAGCACCAGCAGCGGCCCCAGCAGCAUCAGUAGCAGUGGAUGACUCAUGCCAGGAUAAACCAACGGCCAACUGUGCCCUAGUCCUAAAGGUGAAACUGUGUUCCCAUUGGUACUACAGAAAGGCCUGCUGCCAGUCCUGUAAGGCACCAAGACCCUGAAGUCUUAACUGUACCCUCUCACCCUGACCCUCAUCACCAACCACUGGUACCAACUGUCACAUUAUAUUCUUAUUGGUGCUACACAAAAGCCUGCUGUUAGCAGUGUAUGGCCUCAGGACAUCAACAUUUACCUUAUUAUCAACCUGUGGUCACUGCCUUCUACUUGUCAAUGUUAUCUCUUUACUCUUAUUCUCUCACACCUUGGAUUGGCCCUAAAAGUAAAUCCUUGUUUAAGGAAAACACUAUUACAGUAAAGUAGUUUUGCAGGCAGAGCACAAUUCCUCCCUCACAGCUGUAUUUUACAACUGGACAUUUACCUGGAGCACUGAAAGCUAAAACCUGACACAGUGUGCAAAGCUUUAGCCUGCUCUCUGUGAUGGAGGCGCUGACCAUUUAGCCAAUGUGUGACUAAAUCUAUUCAUGGACCACCUCCUCCCCAGACAAUGUGAAGAUAGACUAACUCUGGACAGACUGGGAUGUCUGUUAAUCUGUUUACUUAACUCCAAAUCAGAAGAUGCAAACAGUUUUGAUAAAUAUUCCUCCUCUAGUGUUUAUUUCUUCCACAUUUAGAUCCUUCUCACUGUAACACUCACCAUUUUUAGGGCUAAAAUCCCUCAAAGUCCAUUCACCUUUCAAUUCCUGUAUCCAUCACUCCAAGUAGCUCCCAUCCCUUUUUAAACUGAUGUUCUGCACAGUACAUGUCUACAGUCUGUCCAUCCCCUCGCUUCUUCUCAAGGUGCCAUGUUUCACCCUGAAUGAAGUCAAAGCACAUGAAAGACAUAGGCAACUUGUUAGUGUGGCAGCAGACCAGGACACACUCAACAGGGAAACAUUGCAGCUCAACCCCCUCAGUCUUGGUCCAGUCCUUCCUGCUAUACAUACACAACCUCACACAGAGAGUUUGGUCAGGCUGUACUACUAGUGCCAUGCUGAUCUGUAACUAUGCUCUUUCUUCUGCCACUGACCAGCUAAUCCAAACCACAACUUCAAUUUGAAGACAGAAGAGCAAACUGCUGCACUUCUCCUAAAGAGGGAGUUUUGUACAUCCAGCAGGUGCUCAAAAUGAACUUUGAUGUAGCAAGUGAAAACCGGCUCAUUGUCACUUGCAUCUAGACUACUAUAACAUCAAGACAGGCACCAGUCAUUGGUAAUUAAACAAAAUGUCACAGUAACUGACAAAAGAAGUUAAAAUACUUUUGUUUAUAAAUCUAUUCAAAGUAGGACGCUGACAGUAGCUGGGUCACAGAUGCUAAGACUACAUCAACAACAGGACACUCACAGCAAACACCGGCUGUGUCUGGGCUUCACACAGGGGAACAUACAUGGGGGUCAUUCAGAGAUGAUCAUUUGUCUCUUUUACACUUGUAUGUACGGCUUGUAUAACAUGUAUGUUGUUGAGAUUUGGGAGUUGUACACCUGUGGUCUCCUCUACCACACUUCACCGCAUAGGUUCACAGAGACAUUUAUGUGAAUCUUCAUAGAAGCACAAGUGUAGCUUCAGUCUAACAUGCAGAAAUCAAUUCCACCUCUCAUAAAAAGUGAACAUUUGGGGAAAUAUACUCAGAGUCACAUGAGAAGAUCAACAUCAUUUCAUGCCUGCGUGUCAGGGGUAGAGAUAUGUCCAGGAUGUUUUUAGCUGAGCUUAGCACAAGGAGUUGAGGAAAAGAGAAACUGCUAGCAUAAAUAGAAACAUUUGGAUUUGGAUUUCUUGAUCAACAGCUGAGUGCCAUGACUGUGUGCAGCAUCUCAAAAGUCUUGCUCUCAUUGUAAUAUGUGCAUAACUUCCAGUGACUGAGCAAAUCCCAGGUGGCUUUUAGACGUGUCUUUAAUUAGCUAACAGAGAGGAUCAAGCUUCAAGGAUAAAACUAUUUAUCUUCUCAUCAAUCUCUGGGAAAGAUGGCACAGUAAUUUUUCCAAAAAAGAUGGAAUGCUCUUUUGAAAUUCGAGUUUUAAUUAUAAGCAAUCCAGGGUACUAAUAAAGACUUUUUCCCUAGAAGGCAUUUGAACCGUCAGAAAUAGGAAAUAAUGAAGUCAUUGCAAGUGCUGGGAAUAGUAGUAUCUGCAGUUCUGAGAACCUGGUCGUACUCCUGUAGAAAUGCAUCUCUAGAGUUGCUGGCUUAAAAAUAUAAGAAUAGUACAAACACAGCACAACACAAAAACAGGAAUGUGGUACUGUACCAACAUGGCUGCCAGUGAAGAUUGUUAGGGCCAAACUCAUCUAUCCAGUACACUGUAAAUAAACUGCAUUCAUGUGGUGCCUUUCCUGUCACGUCACCCACUCAAAGCGCUACAGGUCACACUCUCCCAUUCACACACACAUUAACACACAUGCUUGUUCUAUAUAUAGAGAGAGCGCUGUAGCGCUCUAACACACAUUUGGGGUUCAGUAUCUUGCCAGAGGAUACGUCGGCACAAAGAUCGGAGGAGCCGAGGAUCGAACCAGCCACUGUGUAAACAUGACUGUCCCUCUCCCACAGUGUUGUUUACCUGUUGUUACACUGCCCGCAGAGCUGCUGUUUUUGUUUACUGUAUCUCACGUAAAGAAUAAAAAAAACGUCUGUUUUUGACAAGAA